AUGGCCACCUCCACCAUGUCUGUCUGCUCUGACGCCUGCACUGAGUCCUCCUGGCAGGUAGAGGACUGCCCAGAGAGCUGCUGUGAGCCCUCCUGCUGUGUCCCCAGCUGUGGCCACUGCUGUGCCCCAGCCCCCUGCCUGACCCUCGUCUGCACCCCAGUGAGCUGUGUGUCCAGCCCCUGCUGCCAAUCCUCCUGCUGCACACCCUCAUGCUGCCAGCAGUCUAGCUGCCAGCCAGCGUGCUGCACCUGCUCCCCCUGCCAGCAGCCCUGCUGUGUGACCCUUUGCUGCAAGCCUGUCUGCUGCACACCCAUCUGCUCUGGAUCAUGCUGCCAGCAGUCUAGCUGCCAGUCCUCAUGCUGUCAAUCCCCCUGCUGUGUGCCUGUCUGCUGCAAGCCUGUCUGCUGCACCCCCAUCUGCUCUGGAUCAUGCUGCCAGCAGUCUAGCUGCCAGCCCUCCUGCUGUCAACCCCCCUGCUGUGUGCCUGUCUGCUGCAAGCCUGUGUGCUGCACACCCAUCUGCUCUGGCCCCUCCUCCUGCUGCCAGUCUUCCUGCUGUGCUCCUGUGUGCUGCAAGCCUGUGUGCUGCAAGCCCUGCUCCAGUGUGUCCCUGCUGUGCCGCCCUGUGUGCAGACCUGCCUGCUGUGUGCCCACCUCCUCCUGCUGUGCCUCCUCCUGCCAGCCCAGCUGCUGUCGCCCAGCCUCCUGUGUGUCCCUGCUGUGCCGCCCUGCCUGCUCCAGACAGGCCUGCUGUGGCCAGAAGUCCAGCUGCUGA